CCAAAAACUUCGCGUUGCACAAUUCGUUGAAUCGCGUUAGGUAGAUUCCUUUCUUGGAGAUGGUUUUGUGCUUUUGCGUUUUCAGGAUAAAGUAUUUAUUGCGCUAGUCCAAUAAUUCUUGACUGCUUAGUACCUCUACCUACAAGAACUUUAUUUUUUUUUUGGCGAUUCCGUUUUCGUUUUCGAGCUCUAGCUCUACUUUUCUGCCAACAAACCCGAGCUGUUGUGUUUUUGCAGCAGGAAGGACACUAAGCCUCUUCUCAUCCAAAAUGCCGAGCAACCCUAAGCUAGACUUCGGGGCCCUGGGAGCAAUCCCCCUGGACGAGGAGUCCUGUGUGAUUUCGCGCACGGCGUUGCAACAGCUGCAGGACGAGAACAAGGAAUUGCACGGGCUGCUCCGAUGCUGGAAUCCGCGGGCUGCUCCGAAUGCUCGCUGCGAGCAUGCUGAGAAGCAGAGGCUGGAGUUACUGAAUACGCACCUCCAGGUGCGUAUUCUGCAGAAAUACAUGCAGGAAUACAAACGCGAGUCGGAGGUUCUGCAGAUACGAGUGGUCGAUGAGAGAAAGAAGUAUAGCCUUCUUCUGCGGGAGAAGGAAACGGAAAUGAAGAACCUCCGCGAACGUCACGAUCGGCUGAUCCAGAGUAAUUACCAGGUCGUAGACACGUUGCGGAAAACGGAACGAGCGCUGCGGGAGCUGUGCGAAGACGGAGUGCUCAUCGCAACACGCCGGAAAGACGUACAGAGGCAGAAGACGAAGGCCCUCGAAAAGGAGAUUGCGGCGUUAAAGCAAAAACUCGGGGAGCAAGAACAACAACGCACAACAACCCGGUGCAGCCGGAGGUGCAGGACACGAAAUCCAGCCGCUUUGUCCAGUGGUGCGACACCCGAGAUCGAUGCGGACGAGCCGUACCCGAAACAAGCUGGCGGUGUCUACGAGGACUGCUGCGAGGACUACGAGGCUCGAGCCGUACCCGAAACAAGCUGGCGGUGGACCGCCAGGCUGGAGCACCAGCCUGGCGGUGUCUGCGCGUUGUGCUGCGAGGACUACGAGGCCCAGCGUAUGCUCAAAACAAACUUUUCUGGUCUGCUGGCAUUGUAAAGUGGCGGAUCGGUGGCGUGGAAGCGCAUGAGCUAGCAUUUACACAGGCACAAAAAUUACUUGAUACUUUUGAUUAUGACUGCAACACUGCCGAUGUUGUGACAUGUUCCUCGAUCGUUCUGUGGUGCUCGCGCUCCUGACCGUUCCCAUUUCUACCGCAGCUGGCAUGCCGAAUCGCUCUUGUGUUUGUGCAUAAAGAACGAAAGCAAGCGCCCGAUGGUGUUUUGCUGCGGCCACGGGGCCGGCAAGGGGUGCGUCGAUUACCUUUGCGACCUGAACCGAUGGAACUGUCCGGUGUGCAGGAAACCUGAUGCCCUACUGCAUGCAGUUCCGUGCUUCGUCCUCGAGGAGGCUAUGGGUUCUGAUGUUCGAGUCCCUCCAGCCCUCCAGCACUCCCCGGACCCACCCCCCGUGAUUCGAGGCCUUUAGGCGGCGAAGGAUGACCCAGUCUUAUUUUUUGAUGUUGAUCCCAACGAAAACGAAGACGGACACCACAAGAACUCCUCCCACCCUUUCCUUUGUGGGAGUACCGACUAACUAACUGUAGUAACUUGACGACCAUUGAACGAGCGCCCUAGCUAGUCGCAAGGAUCUUGAAUUUUUGGAGAAAACAAAGAGCAUGCUCUUGAGCAGAAAGAAGUUUGCUAUUUCAGGCAGCACCAGCGCUGGAAUGUUUUGCUUUACCGCGACACGGCUUCUCGUAAACUUUUUCUGCAGCGACCAGCCACUGUGUGUUCCUAUAUGGACUUGAUGACACUAAGGCUUAGAAAAAAAAGAACACAAGCG